AUGGCUAUUCCCGCCGUUGCCCAUGGCACCCCUCAACAAGGAUCUGGCAAACUCGACGAUUUCGAAGUCAAAGGAGAAGCUCCAUACUACGCCGAAGAAAGAAAAGGAUGGAAGGGUUACAUUGAGUGGGAGAAAUACCCAGAGAAGAAGGCACAAGCCGAGAAGAUUUUGGCACAAUACGACUUUCCUCCACCCCCGGAGUUCCAGCUCAAGCCUCUGCCCGAGACCAACCCUGUUCUGGAGGGUGUGAGAUGGAAGCAAUACCACUAUGCCAUGGGAGAGACCCUGAAGGACAUUCCUCAGAUCAGUUGGGACUAUGUCAAGAAGGAAAAGAGCGAGGACAUGAUUCACGUCUUGCAAUUUCCUUACAACGGAGAACCUCCUAGGGACCGCCUAGUGGAGACUGAGAUUACCGACAACAAGGAUCACUUUGUCCGCAACCAUGGUGGCAUUCCUGAAAUUGACGCGGAGGAAUACACUCUUGACAUUGAAGGUCUGGUCAACGACCCCAAGAGACUUACCCUCGCAGAUCUACAGAACGAGGACUUGUUCCCUCGCCAAAGCAACAUUGUCAGUCUGCAAUGCUCUGGAACCCGCCGUAUCGAGCAGAUCCACGAGUACCCCGGUGACGGCGAUGAACUUAUCAAUGCACCAUGGGGCGAAGGUGCUAUUGGAACAGCACGCUGGACUGGUGUUAGUCUGAAGAAGAUCAUCAAGCACUGCGGAGGUCUCAAGGAUGGCGGCAAAGACGUCCAUCUUGAAUUCUAUGGCGCAGACACUUACUUCAAGAAGGGCAAGGUGAUGAACUACGUUGUCAGUGUACCAUGGAGAAAAGUCAAGGCUAAUGAAGUCUUGCUCGCUUGGGAGAUGAACGGCGAGCCCUUGCCCAGGAUCCAUGGAUUCCCUCUGCGCGCUGUGGUAUACGGAUACAUUGGAGCCAGAAGUUGCAAAUGGCUCUACAAGAUCAAAGCCAUCAAAGGCCCCAGUCUUGCCCCUGUCCAAGCAAAGGAAUACCUCUACUACACACCCCAGGUCGGCAAGCAGAACGCAAACUACAGCAACGGAUUCAGUAUUCAGGACAUGCCUGUGUCUUCGGCUAUCAUGUCCCCAGUCAACAUGGACCAAAUUGUCCACGAUGGCAAAAUCAAGCUGCGCGGCUGGGCCUACUCUGGUGGCGGUCAUUGGCCCGUACGUGUCGAGGUCUCUGGUGAUGGUGGCAGCAUCUGGUACGAAGUUCCGUACGAGAACAUGAGUAAGAAAUACUACUACGCAUGGAGACUGUGGGAAAUGGAUCUCCCGGUUGAUGCAGAAGGUUGGUUGGAGCUGUGCGUGAGAACAUGGGACAACGCCAUGAACACCCAGCCUACCUAUGUGCGAUCGGCCUGGAACUGGGGCUUGCACGUUACUUCGAGUUGUCAUCGUGUCAAGGUGUACAGCAUCAACAAGAGCAAACCUUCUACCGCUGCUAGACUGAAGAUCCUGGAAGAGAAGAAUGUGCCCAUCGUCCCCAUCACUCACCCUAUGGAGUUUGAUCUCCAGACUGAGGAGGACUACCAAGAGGAGAUGAGAAGGCAAGGCGGUCGCGAGCCCGAGGAGUAA